UUACCCAAAACCCAAUCCAAUAUAAAUACUAUUCCUUAGCCAAUAAUUUGGAAAGUCUUUGAGCUGACCAAACCAAACAUGUUUCCUUUACAACGAUGCAAUGAACUGUCGAUCCCGUUAUCUAAUAGUCUCAACCACCACCCACAACAUCACAAAAUCCCCCAAGAUCUGAUUCUUGAUGAUUGUGAUUCUCUUGUUUUUGAUUUUACUCAUAAACAAAUGGCUAUUAGCCGGCCACCAAAGAUAUUACUUUAUACACCACCACCAGAAGAUCAUAAUACAAAUCUCAAUUAUAUCAAAGAUGUCAAUAACAAGAAGAUGGUUCAUAGGGAGAUUGAGAAGCAAAGAAGACAAGAAAUGGCUACUCUUCAUGCUUCCCUUAGAUCCCUUCUCCCUAUUCGCUUCAUCAAGGGAAAACGUUCUUUAUCUGAUCAAAUGAAUGAAGGAGUGAAUUACAUAAAUCACAUGAAGAAGAAUAUAAAAGAACUUAGUGACAAGAGAGAUGAACUAAAAAAACUCUCAAAUCUUUCCAACCUCAAAAACCAUACUGUAUCUUGUUGUUUCAGUAUUCACAACAAUAAUGGAACUGUAGGAAUUGAAAUCAGUAACUUUAGAGAUCAAGAAGGGGUCCCACUUUCUAAAUUGCUGGAACAAUUGAUGAAAGUAGGACUUGAAGUUGUUAGUUGCUUUUCAAUUGAAGUCAAUGGAAGAUUACUCCACAGUGUGCAGUGUGAGGUUAUUGAUUCUGACAGUGUAGAUCUAUCUGAGCUAAAAAGGAAAUUUUCCAAUAUGAAUCCAUCAUUUAGUUGUUCUGAUUGAAUACAAUAUAUGCAUGCGAACUAGCUGAUCAAAAGAGACACGUGAAAUGCAAGUUUAUAAUGAUAUUUACGCACAUGUAAAACCUAUAAAUUGAAGAAUUUCAAAUUUGAAGCCAAAAGUUACAACAACGGUUACCACUUACCAAUAAGGGGAAGGGGGAACUUGGAAGUGCAUGGCGAUGGCGUGUUUCGAAACGGUGGUGCAGGCGACAUGUCCAUUGUUUUUGAUGGAGAGGGGAACCGGAAGAGCAUCUAUUUACAUCUAUUUGCAUGGCGUGUUUCGAAACGGUGGUGCAGGCGACAUGCCCAAGAACAUUUUCAUUUUGUUUGAGAGUUGCAGCUUGUUUCUUAGACAUAAGAAUAAGACAAUCAAGGGGGUGAUAUUUAUAUGACAGACAACUUUCUGGUCUAUAUGGAACGCUCAAAACGAUACUAUUUUUUUUUGAAAAAUCACAAAGCGAAGCAGAGGUGGUGGACGUAUACGUCGAUGUACUCAAACAAAAACAUCUCAUAGCUGUGGUUCUUGAGAAAACAAGUUUGUUCACCGUGUUUAUUUUAUGAGUGGUUUAUAAAGCCGUUGGAUUAUUGUAUAUUGAAAUAGAAACACAAAUCCGGUUUUAGCUUUUCUUUUUGUAAUGUGGGUAGUAACCACUUGUAUUUACUCCUAACCCGUGUACGCAGGGGCGGAUCUACGUAUAUGUGAGGGUGUGCAGCUGCACACCCUGAACUUCUAAAAAUUACACAUAUAA